GAGUAAAAUAAUGCAUGAUUGUAGUUAUUCAUUUUACUGAGGUAAGUGUUGCUUGCUGAUGUGAGUAAAUUAAAAAUUAAUAUUAAUUCUGUAUAAAUCUUGUGAAUAAAUUCCGUUUUCCAUAAUAUAUAUAGAUAUACAAUAGCAACAAUAUAUUUGUGUAAGGCGCAAACACUCCGUAAACGUAAUCGGUCAGAUGCAGUCAGACCGACUCAGACAAAGAUUAUUGCUUGGAUAUCCGUGUUAUAAUUGUUGUAACUUCGUAUUCCCAAAUGCUUCUUAUCGAUCCAGAAAAUUAAAAUCCUUUGAUUUGCAUUACUGGUAGAUAGAUGUGUUGUGUAGUACUUAACUAUCUUAUUACUGAUAAUCUCACACAGCAUUCUCUUUCAAAAUUUUAGCACUUGGAUUUGUGAACAGUAUACAGAUUCGGAUGUGCGGGAAGUUCGACUCAAUACAACUGCGAAGUUAGGAAUAUCUCCUUACUUUAUCGUGCAUGAACUGUUCGAUGCCUGAUGGCGCAGGAACAGAAGCUAGUGGGAUUUGUGAAAGGCUUGGCGCAGCGCUGGACAACCGUUUCUGAUUUAGCUCUCAUCAUUUCUCCAGCCAAACUCAAACCUCGCGUGACCACCGUUCCGUAUCUAAAAGAUUUCGGUAAAACUGUUGUUGAUGGCCUAUCGGACGCUGCGCAGAAGUCGAAAAGCUUAUCGAAUCAGCUGAUUGAGAGCACUUCAAAACACCUCUUCCAACCUAAACAUGCACCGUCUAAUUUAUCGAGAGAAGCACGGCGAUCCGCAUCCACGAAAUCCGACAAGAAAACGCCAUCUAAUGGAGAUGAAAAAUCCGAGAAAGAUGUCCCGUUCGACGAGACAAUGCGGGCAGCCUACAUGAGCUCGUACAACGAUGUGCUUCGUGAAAAUUCCCCAAAUGGAGAACUGCUUUCAUUACGCGACAACGCUGUGAGAAAAGUGGAAGACGACGUGGAGAAACCCACGAAGAAAUUAUUUUUAAAGGAUAUUCAUCCCACCACUGAUGCCAUCCCUCCGAAAGCGUCUUCCACUGUGCGACCGGUGAUUUCGCAGGCUUCCAUCGAUACUCGCACUCGUGCACUGAUGACGGCUAUUAAAAAAGCCAAAUCCGACUACAGCAAACUGAGUCGAACGGAAGAUUUGACCAAUCAUCUUCUGCAGUAUCCCGAUGCCAAAAUUGAAGCCAUUAAACGCGGAGCGAUUUGUUUGUUAUUGAGUUUCGUCAUGAACGAAGAAACAAUUGUAAAAAAUCAAGCGCUGAUGACUUUGGGAUUGUUGGGUUAUUCCUUUCCGCCCAAUGCGCCAGGACCGCGCAUACUGUCGAUUGAUGGUGGAGGAACUAGAGGAUUAGUCGCACUGGAAAUAUUGCGGGAACUGGAAAAUCUCACAGGAAAAGCGCCAUGUGAUCUUUUUGAUUAUUUCAUUGGAGUCAGUACCGGUGCCGUGGUAGUUACGAUGCUUACUGCUUUCAAAUUAUCCGCUGAAGAAUCUCUGGAGUUUUAUAAGAAAACAUGUAUUUCACUUUUUGCUCGUGAUACACUGAAAGGUGCAAGAAGACUGAUACUGAGCCAUGGAUAUUAUGACACUACUGCGUGGGAAACAGUUCUACGGAAAAACAUGGGAGAGAAGAUGAUGGUCGACUUGUCUCGUGAUCCUCGUGGCAUCCGCUUGGCAGCGAUUUCGACAAAAAUAGAUGAGCCAGAUUGCCUUCCGUUUGUCUUUCGCAGCUACGGGCUUCCACCGGGCUCAGUUUCGCAUUACGAAGGUUCCUCCAAAUACAAAGUGUGGGAAGCGAUGCGUGCUUCUUCGGCUGCUCCCGGUUUCUUUCAGGAAUGCAGACUGGAUAAUGUUAUACAUCAGGAUGGCGGGAUCCUGAACAACAAUCCAACUGCUAUUGGAAUUCAUGAAAGUCGGCUUUUAUGGCCGAAAGAAAAGCUCCACACUGUUGUGUCUAUGGGAACUGGCCGGUUUAGGAAGAAACAAGAAGUGCAAAACCAGGAAGUUGCCAAAGCUAUUGGCUUGACCAGCUGGAGAAGUAAAUUAACCAGCAUCAUAGCGUCAGCUACAGAUACGGAGGGCAUUCAUACCACACUGCAGGAUUUGUUGCCACCAUCUACAUAUUUCCGGGUAAAUCCCAUCCUCUCAGAAGAUUUAGGAAUGGACAUUUCCGAUAUCAAGAAAAUGGAUAUAUUAAUUCAUGAUUCGAGAAAGUUUGUCGAAGAUAACCCGGUGCUGAUGCGACAAAUUGCUGAAAAACUGACAGCACCGCGAUCAUCUUUACGCAAAGCUAAUGAUUGGAUGCGUUUACAGAAAGAUUGUACAGAAUUCGCUUACAAUGUUUAGUGAUCAGAUUCAGAUUUUUUACAGAGUGGACAGUGUACAUACAGUAUCACAGGGCCGUUCUUUGACAAUAUUAAAUUAGUAAAGCUGUGACGCGUGAUGGUUACCGGUUAUGGUGAUCAAUUUUUUGUUGCUGUGUUUGAUGGUUAAACUCGCAACAAUGCACAUUGCGCAUUUUAUACUUCUGUACAAUAUUACAGAAAUAAAAUCUGCAAUUGUUGCGAUUGUUUUU